CGUGGAGAACAAACCCCGAUGUUUGAAUUUACUGACGCAUGCGGUGUGAGCUGUACACUACAGAAUAUUACAUUAUAUACAUUCUAACGCAAGGAUAUUAUUUCACAAGAAUUGUAGCGACUAAGUCCAAGAACACAAUUCCUGACUGCCAAAGGAUGCAUUGGAGUGCCUUGUUAACGUGUAUACUCACCGUAUCCCUGAUAAAUCAAGUGAGUGGCUUGGAAAUUGUCAAUGGCAAGUAUGGAGAGACAGUUGAAAUCCCAUGCAAGAAUGGACGUGACAAAGCAAAGGACGUCACAGUGGCCAAAUGGAAAUAUGGCAAUGAUAUCAAAAUACUGGUAAAAAAAGCAGGUCAAAAUGCCAACAUUUCAGAGGAUGUGAUCUACAAAGACAGAGUCAGUAUUAAAGAGGACUUCAGUCUCAUCAUCAAGCAAGUAACACUGGGCGAUCAGAAAACCUUCACAUGCAUUGUGGUGACAAGCGGAGACAUUUUGGAAAACAAUGUUCAACUGGUGAUUUAUAAGGCCCCCUCGCAACCUCAGAUUGCACAGCAAGCAAGUGUGAUGGAGACUGGAAAACUAACUACGCUAGCGCAGUGCCGUACUUCAGGAGCAAAUCCAGCAGCCAACAUCACAUGGUUCAAGAACAAGACUCCACUUGUGCCUGAUGAAAUGGGGAUUGUAAUCAACACAGUUGUGGAUGUUGAUAGCAGGACAGGACUGUCCACCACAACCUCUAAGCUUGUAUAUGCUGCAGUGAAGGAAGACAUUGAUGCCCAGUUUACCUGUCGAGUUGAACACAUCCGAUCUGCUGAAAUGGAGUCUGCGGCUAUACACUUCAAUGUUAUCUACCCCACUGAGACGGUCAGUCUCCAGGUUAUGUCCCAUGGUCCUUUUAAGGAAGGGGACAAUGUGACCCUCAAAUGCAUUGCAGACGGAAACCCCCCUCCUAAAAGCUACAACUUCUACAUCAAGGAUGAGAAAAAGACUGUGGAGAACUCCAACACAUAUAACUUGACCCACCUCACUCGGGCUAACACUGGGGAAUACAAAUGCUCACUGGUGGACAAUGAAGAAAUGGCAUCUUUUGCCUUCAUCACUGUUGACUAUCUUGACGUGGUCCUCAGCACCACUGGAAAAAUUACAAAGAAACUUGGAGAGAGCUUUGAGAUUACUCUAAAUGUUAAUGCCUCUGGAAAGCAUCAAGUAUCCUGGAGAAAGGGUAAUUCAAAGCUUGAUAGCUUCCUGCACAAAUUUGACAAGUUGAAGUACUCUGAUGCAGGAGUGUAUGAGUGUGUUGUUUCCAUGGCUGGCCUCCAGAAAACACAUACAUUUGAAUUAAUAGUUGAAAGUCCUCCGGUGAUCAAGAGCCUGAUCAAGAAGCGUGGUGAUGAAAGCAUGAACAAGGUGUUGAGCUGUGAGGCUGAAGGCUCUCCAAAACCCACUGUGCAUUGGAGUGUCAAUGGCACAAAUGUCGCUGAGACUGCUUAUGUGGACGGCAAAAUCAUGUACUCCAUCACUAUUGUUGUAAAGGUCAAUCUCACUGUGUCCUGCACUGUCUCUAAUGUCUUGGGGUCUGACAUUAAGAACAUUAAUGUGUCAGCAUUUGUUGAUGACGUGACAAUGGACAAAAGAGAAGAUCAGAAAGAUGACUAUAGUGACCAAGCGGCUCUGGCGGUUGGCAUUGUUGUUGGCCUGAUACUGGCCACACUUGCAAUAGGGCUGGCAUACUGGCUGUACUUGAAAAAGUUCAGUAGGCAAGGCUCCUGGAAAACUGGAGAAAAGGAGGAUGGAUCAGCAGAGGAGAGCAAGAAACUUGAGGAAAAUAAGAGCCAAAAAGCAGAUGUGUAAUGUCAACGGAGCCAUUCAUGGAUUUAUUUGAAUACAGUCCCUUUGAUCCACGAGAGAAGUGAGCAGUUGGUCAUAUCUGUGGAAAAAAUAAAAAGUGUAAUGGAGAGCCUGAGUAACUGUGUCAGUUACAUCUCCACCAUCAUCUGUAAUGUGUCUUUGCCUCUCCUGUAAAGGGGGAUUUAAUUAAUGUGUGUUGUAUAAUAUGUUAAUUUUUUUGCAUUGAAAAUCAAGUCAGAAAACUGUGUCUGUAAAGUGUUCAUUCAUAUUGGUUUCUUCAUUGUUAUACAAGUUAUUUUCUGUUUUUAUUUUCUUUCUGUGCCCCAAUCAUUUAGUGCAUGCAAACUCAUUUUGGCAUUGUCACAUGAUAUGCAGAAACACUGAGGCUUUUAUUCUCCUUUCCUUCGUACUGUAAUUCUAUGUAGUACCUAAUCUGUUGCAUGAUGUGUGGCAUGAUUUUCGCAGUUAUACUGAGCACUUGGGUGGUUUUCAGGCCUAAACAAGCACAUGAAAAUUGUCAAACUGUAAAAAGGAGCUAAAUUUACUUCCUAAUAUUAUACCUAUCCGAAUGUAUAAGACAAUUAGUUACCACUUUACAUUGACCUUUUAAGCUGUCUAAUGAAGACUGUUACCUAUAAAAUGGAUGCUGAAGGAAAAUUGUGAUUUUGGAUAUUAUAGAAGAAUUAAUACAGGGACCAAUGUUUGUUUGAUUAUGAAAACCAUGCCCUAUGCUUGUAUUGUGCUUUGUUUUGGAUAAAGUAAAAAAAAACAACAAAACAAAAACAUGUUGAAUUAGAAUCAUUUCACAACAUUUGUAUUGAUAUGUUGCUUUUCAAAAAGAAAUUCUGAAACAAACUCUUUUCUCAGAUUAUCACCUAUUCCUUAAUGUUCUCUGUACCAUUUUUUGGAGCAGAAUUGUAUGUGGUUUUAAGCAUUACUUGUAAAUAUGUUAAACUUUUGUGUUCUAUUUAUAUUGUUACGGUUUAGAUAAGUGGCAGUGUUUCAACAAUGUUAGUUUUAGUUAUUUUUUCUGAAAAUAUACCUCCAUAUCUGUUGAAUGGUACAGUACAAUUUAUAUUUACUUGCAGGCUUUGAAAUUGUGAAGUUUAAUCAUUCAGAUUUACAUUUUGCAUCAUGGUGUUCCUGCAUUUCCACAGUUCAGUGCUUAUUCGGAGUGAAUUCAAACCACCUUCAAGACCAAAGAGGUUGAAUGAGGCCAUGCAAGUAUUGUUCAUACUGACCAUUGUUUUGUACUUUUAGUUCAAAUAAAGUGUACAUUUUAG